AAUAAGAACAUCAACAAAACAAAGAUAUGAAACAUGGUGGCAAUGGCAGUGGUUGCAUCACCACAAUUCCUGUGCUUCUCAUCAGAAUCAAAUUUGAGAAUCACAACAACAAUAACAAGGCCAUGUCUUCCUCUUCCUCAUUUCAACUCCAUUCUUCUACGCAAUAACAAGAUUUAUUUUCCACUCAUUUCAUGCUCUUCAUCAUCACAGACACCAGAAGCUCAAACUCAAACUGCUGAAUCUUGUGUCAAUUUGGGUCUUCAGCUCUUUUCCAAAGGAAAGGUUAAAGAUGCUUUGACUCAGUUUGAAACAGCACUUUCUUUGAAUCCCAAUCCUGUAGAGGCUCAAGCUGCGUUCUAUAACAAAGCUUGCUGUCAUGCAUAUAGAGGAGAAGGAAAGAAAGCUGCUGAUUCUCUCCGCACUGCUUUGAGGGAAUACAACCUAAAAUUUGGUACAAUUCUCAACGAUCCAGACUUGGCCUCCUUCAGAGCUUUGCCUGAAUUCAAAGAACUACAAGAAGAGGCCAGGCUGGGUGGGGAAGAUGUUGGCUCCAGUUUCCGAAGAGAUCUAAAACUUAUCAGUGAAGUUCAAGCACCGUUUCGUGGGAUUAGGAGAUUCUUUUCCGUAGCAUUUACAGCAGCUGCAGGAAUAUCAUUGUUUUUUAAUAUACCGAGGAUAUUGCGUGCAAUUCAAGGUGGUGAUGGUGCUCCUGAUAUUUUGGAAACUGCUGGCAAUGCUGCCGUUAACAUUGGAGGUAUUGUUGUUUUUGUGGCACUAUUCUUAUGGGACAAUAAAAAAGAGGAGGAACAGCUUGCGCAAAUAUCCCGAAAUGAGACACUAUCAAGGUUGCCUUUGCGCCUGUCAACUAAUCGCAUAGUUGAACUCGUGCAGCUAAGGGACAUAGUUAGGCCAGUUAUAUUAGCUGGGAAAAAAGAAACGGUGACUUUAGCUAUGCGUAAAGCAGAGAGAUUUCGCACUGAUCUAGUUAGACGCGGUGUUUUGUUAGUUCCUGUCAUCUUCGGAGAAGGUAGAAAACCCAAAAUUGAAAAGAAAGGUUUUGGCCCUAAACCAAAGGUUGCUGAGCCUCUUCCAUCCAUUGGGGAAGAUUUUGAGAAGCGAACACAAUCCGUAACUGCACAAUCAAAAUUGAAAGCUGAAGUUAGGUUCAAGGCUGAGGUUGUAUCACCAGCUGAAUGGGAACGGUGGAUAAGAGAUCAGCAGGAGUCUGAAGGAGUUCCAGUUGGUGAAGAUGUGUACAUAAUACUGCGCUUAGAUGGGCGAGUUCGAAGGUCUGGUAAAGGUGUACCUGACUGGGAGCAAAUUGCGAAGGAGCUGCCGCCAAUCGAUGCAAUUUUAAGCAAGCUGGAAAGAUGACAAGUAGUAUUAUGUUGCCUGCUAUUCUUCUAGAAUUUUGAAGGGUGCAAUUUUAUUUUCUUUAUUACUUCACACAGCAAUAUUUAUCUGUACCACUAAACUAACAAUGUACAUUCAUUCCUCUACUAUCCCAACAUCCGAUACUUAUGCAAAGUAAAUGUUACAACUGAUAAUUUUCACAGUGGAAGGAAUAUUGCUUUAAGGCUGAUUUUACUGCA